UGUCACUCAUUCAGCUCGGACUUCUCUACCAGACGAUCACUGAGAGUGAGGGAGUGUGUCCAUCAUGAAUGUUCUCAUGCCCUCCAUGCUAGGGGACGACCCACAUAUGAUGGCUGAGCCGGCGGUCCAGAUCUUCGAGCAGCCCCGGCAGCGGGGGAUGCGCUUCAGGUACAAGUGUGAGGGUCGCUCCGCCGGCAGCAUCCCCGGAGAGAACUGCUCCGACAACAACAGGACCUACCCCAGCCUGCAGAUCCUGAAUUACUCUGGGAAAGGUAAGGUGCGUGUCUACUUGGUGACGAAGAACGAGCCGUAUCGGCCGCAUCCGCAUGACCUGGUUGGGAAGGACUGCAAAGACGGAUUCUACGAGGCCGAGUUUGGUCCCGACCGCAGAGUGAUUGUUUUCCAGAAUCUGGGCAUCCAGUGUGUGAGGAGGAGGGAAGUGAAGGAAGCGAUCGUGCAGAGGAUCACCAGAGGGAUUAACCCCUACAGCGUGCCACGUGAGCAGCUGCUGCAGACAGAGGAGUACGACCUGAACGUGGUUCGCCUUUGCAUCCAGGUUUCCCUGCAGGAUGAGAAUGGGCAUUACACCCAGUCGCUCAACCCCAUCGUCACCAACCCCAUCUACGACAACAGGGCCCCAAAUACAGCAGAGCUGAGGAUCUGUCGGGUCAACAGGAACAGUGGCACUGUCAAAGGAGGAGAUGAGAUCUUCUUACUGUGUGACAAAGUACAGAAAGAUGACAUUGAGGUUCGAUUCUUCUCCCCUGACGGCUGGGAGGCUAAAGGCUCCUUCUCCCAGGCUGACGUUCAUCGCCAGGUAGCCAUCGUCUUCAAGAGUCCUUCCUACUAUAACACCUCCAUUGCAGAGUCGGUGACUGUGCACAUGCAGUUGCGAAGACCUUCUGACCAGGAAGUCAGCGAGAGUAUGGAGUUCAGAUAUUUGCCUGAUGACAAAGACCCUUACGGCUACAAUGAGAAAAAGCGCAGAAGGGAGCACUUGAUGAAGAUAUCAGGAUUGUCAGGUGUUCCUUUUACUGGUCUGGGACACAGGCCAAGGGCAGUGCCACAAACUACCAUGAGUCAUAUGCGUAAAGACCCAAGCAUGUACCAAAGGACACACCCCAUGUCUACGAUGCCGCAGCAGCCUGCGAUGUUCAACCCAUCUUACCAACCAGGGCCCCAGAAUGUGAUGAUGCCAUCACAGGCGCGUAAUCUACAACUCAGCCAAUCAUGGGCAAACCAAAGCUCAGCACUCUCAAUGGACACAGUCACCAUGAACCCCUCUGCUGCCAUGAACAAUCUGCCACGUCCUACUACUAUCAGGCAACAGCAGCCAAACCAUGGACCUAUGUACUCCCACAGAAUGGAGCACAACAGCUCUGAGAAUGCCCUACCCCAGCUCUCCGUCAGGGACUUGCAGUGCUUGGAUACAGCACCACAGUCCUCUGUAAUGAGCCAGUCGGAGUCCCAGACACUCUUCCACAUGCAGCACCAAAGGGAUGAGCAAGCUUCGGAGAGCCAGGCCCAGAAUCAUCUAGGCAACCAAAACCAGGGUCUCCAGACUGUGUGGCCCACUUUCAAUGCAGUCCAGAGCCCAUUUAACGGGUCAGUACCUGGAGGUGGAGGGGGGUCCCAAGGGCUUGGCUCUUUCCCCUUCCUUGACGGCAUGCAAGGGGAUGAUUUGCUGAAGGGCUUAGUGGGAGGAGGUUCUCAGACUGGCUUCCAGCUGAAGCAGGAGCCCCAGAUGACAGUGGGACAAGACACCCAUGCCUCGCUCAUGCAAUCCCAAAGGGAAAGCCAAGGAAAUACUUACACCAACUUGCUUCCUCGUCCUAUGAGCAAUGGCACGAAUAUGGAUCAAGUGAUACACGAUGGUAGUGGCAAUAGCCAGGCUUUCAAAAAUAUGCAGAAUCCUUACCCAAACAACAGCAUGGCCCCAGAGAAUCACUUUCAGACAUUGACUGACUGGAUUGAAGCGACCCGGCAAAGCAACUAGAGGCAGUGACUUACACUUUGGCAUGGUAAGGCUCAGUGGACACUUAGGUAAUUUCAUCUGUGGGCAUGAGACCAAAAUUAUUGGCAGGCAUUUAGAUUCAUAACCAACAAUUGUUUUGUUGUUUCUUGGUGGCACAACCGAUUACUGUCUAUAUUCCUUUUUGGCAAAAACAUCAGUCAUUGGGCUUUGCUUCCAAUUAUAAACCAGCAAUGACACAUUUCUUCCGAAAUCUAUCAAUCAAAACUUGGUGUUUUGGCAAGUUUAAGGCCAUGCAGCUCCUUCCAUCAUUUUAUAUCAAGGAGAUUUCAAGGUCAUUCCAUGAUCAGUGUAAAGUGUGGUUCUGAUAUUGUUCUACCCCAACCCUCUUGGUGUGCACCAUUCACUUCCUCGAAUUCACUCAUUGGUUUGGCAUCCAGCAGGUGGUUUUCUCCAAAUUACUCAAUAAAACCGAGCUCACAUUGAUUCACCUGGUUUCUGCGAGGCUAAGACCUGCACGUGGAUGACCUCUGCCUAAGACUGUAAAGAUGAUAAGGAUCUCAUCAAAUGAUACGCUGAUGGUUUCCAAGAAAGUUCGAUUUUUAAAGUGGCGAAUGUGCAUCUCUUUCUUUCUUUCUUUGUCUCUCUCAGGGGAAGUUGGAUUCACUGUCGACAUACUGUAUAUAAAUUAAUGUUUUCUUUGGUGUUUGAUGCUAAAGAAAUCAGGGCUAAGUGAAUGUUAGGGAUUUUGAAAAUACAGCAUAAAAAUGUCUUUUCAUCAUGAGUUUACUUGUUGAUGCUUUUUAAGAGAUGUAUACAUAAUAUAUGUGUCAGUUAAGGUGUGCAACUGUUUCAUUGAUUUCUUUAACAGAGCUGUUAAAUGCUCUCUGUAUAUACAUGUUAGCCAUAGUUGAGAGUGAAUGCAGAAACUAUGCUGAAACACUCAAGAAGUGGCAAGGUACUGAAAUUUCCAUUGAGGAAGUGGGAGGAAGCACAUUCAGAAGUGUCUUUCCUUGUAAUGACUAUGUCAUACCAGUGAUCACAUGUAUUAUCCAGAGUUCUCAGAGCAUUUCUACCAGAUGUUUUAUAGAUAAACAUGUCAUUUUUUUGUUAUUGUUGUAAAUGUUCAACUGAUGCUCUUAGGGACUGUUACACAGAGUUCUUUGUGACUAGACACACGGCUGAUGUUGGAGGAGAACCUGGUGGAAGCCUGCACAGCAACUUUGUUGAAAUCAGCUCAGCCUACAUGCUUUCUGACGUAUAUAUCUUCCAGAAGCUUUUGGAUAUUAUUUUGUUGACAGCUUUGUAAGUUUUAGCUUUUUUUGUUGUUAUUUUGUACUGAAUCUUUUCUUAAUUAAUAAAAACUUUGUCCACAUCUUU